AUGCCGCCUGCUUUUGCUGAUCUGUAUAUUUCAAUCCUGCCUGGGUAUGUGUACAAAUUGAUUAUAAAUAUGUAUGCAAGCCUUGAAGGAAAACAACCUAAAAUAUCAAUGGGUCAGUUCCACCUUGCCUUAGUCAUCCUCGCAGUUUACCUCAUUUGUCCCACAUUGGGCCGGGACGAUGGAGUUCACAUAAUUAGUGGUGUUCCGAACGUAUUAAAGGUUGAAUGUGAUCAUCAUAUCGGAAUGCACACGCUCAGCAAUGGUCAAGAGUUCAGUUGGAGGUUCAAGCCCAACUUCUUUCGCACCACUAAAUUCUAUUGCCAUUUUUACUGGGAACAAAAACAAACAAGCUUUGCUGUUUUCGACGGUAGAAUAAGCCGUUAUUGUAAGGAUCCAUCUUGGGAUUGCGACUACUUCUGGCUAGCGACACCAACGGUUUUCAAGGUCAGCACUGAUAAUAAGGCCACCUGGCACACCAUAAAUUACUGGCCGAACUGA